AUUUUUUGCUAGUGUCCGCAGGGUAUUUUGGGAAAUUCCUUCGCACGAACUUCCUCUGUACGCUAGUCAUUUUAUUUUCUUCACCCUGAGAAAAAUAUCUCCUCCGCGUAGGGUUUCCACCGUUCCGCUAUGGGAGCAGAGGGACACUGGCGACAGUCAUUUUAUUCUGUCCUUUCAUUCUCCGCCACGGUUUCGCCCUAGGCGAUCUGUGCUUUCAUCCAUGGGACUUUGUCUUCGCUCCUCCUUCGCAAUAUCUCUGCUCACCGCUCGCCGGGAACCAUGGCUGGGGUUUCGCCACUCCUGGCAUGAACACAACUUCAAUUAAAAUAUCAGCUUGAUUUUCUAUCUAAAAGAACAGCAAAUCGGAUGUUUGGGUCCCAAAAUUGAACAAGGUUAGAGACACCACGGAUGCCUGGAACUGGCGAAUCACGACCCUGGACAGCGGACGACCAUUAAUGGAGAGCAGCUAGGAACGACUUUUGGACAACGAUACCUCGAGUAUAGCAACCAUAUUUGAGGCGAAUGCACUUCUGCUGACUCUUUUAAGCAUCGUGGUCCAAAUUUUGGCCUUCGGCAAUGUUGAACUUGCUUAUGUAAAUCAAACCAAUGAUAUGUACCUGUUUCUGGUGUAUGCUGCUACUCUAAGAAUGUGCUUCAUAGAGCCUUCAGUCUUUUCUUAUUUAACUCUAAAUAUGAAUUGCUUCUUCAGGAACUANAGAGGAACAAAGUUGAUGCUGCUAAGUUUGCUCCUUUUUGGAAUGAGAUUAUAAGGAAUUUGAGGGAAGAAGACUACAUUAAUAGUUUGGAAAUGGAGUUGCUUUUAAUGCCUAAAAAUUCAGGGAUAAUAGACAAUAUUCCCUUGGUUCAAUGGCCUCUGUUCCUUCUAGCAAGCAAGAUAUUUCUUGCUAAAGAUACUGCUAUUGAGGGUAAAGAGCCCAGACUUUCGCAAGAGGAGCUAUGGGACAGGAUUUUAAGGGACGAUUACAUGAAAUAUGCUGUUCAAGAGUGUUAUUAUACCCUCAAGUUAGUCCUCACAUCUGUGUUGGAUACUGAGGGUAAGAAGUGGGUUGAGAGAAUAUAUGACGAGAUUCAGAGAAGCAUAGCUAAUAUGAGCAUACUUGUUGAUAUUGAAUUGAAUAAGCUACCACUAAGGAUUCAGAAAGUUACUGCACUGUUGGGAAUACUGGAAAUAUAUUUUGUGAAAUUGCCUGGAAAUCCAAAGCUUGGUGAAGGGAAACCUGAAAAUCAAAAUCAUGCUAUUAUAUUUACACGUGGAAAUGCAAUACAGACCAUUGAUAUGAAUCAGGAUAAUUACUUUGAGGAGGCUUUGAAGGAAUCUAGCUUUGUGACUCUUGGCCAACGUGUUCUAGCAAAUCCUUUGAAGGUUCGUAUGCAUUAUGGUCAUCCAGAUGUCUUUGAUAGACUAUUCCAUAUAACUAGGGGUGGUAUCAGCAAAGCAUCUCGCGUCAUAAAUAUGAGUGAAGAUAUUUUUUCUGGAUUCAAUUCAACUUUGUGCCAGGGCAAUGUUACUCACCACGAAUACCUCCAGGUUACUAGAUUCUCUCUCGCUGGUAUGUGGAGGUCGUAUUUCAUGAUACUUAUCAGCUAAUGAUAUCACUAAUGAUGUUGUAUAGGUUGGCAAGGGAUGAGAUGUUGGACUCAAUCAGAUUGCUUUGUUUGAGGGGAAAGUUGCAGGUGGUAACGGGGAACAAGUCCUUAGUAGAGAUGUCUACAGGCUUGGUCAGCUUUUUGAUUUCUUCAGAAUGCUAUCGUUCUACUUCACAACUGUGGGAUACUACUUUUGUACCAUGGUACACAGUUCUUUCCAAUGGAAUACAUGUAGGGAGUGGCU